GAGAGAGAGAGGAGGGACGAACUGUCGCCCUCCUUCGACCCCGGAGAGGAGAGGAGAGGGGGUAACGGAAUCAAACCGUGGUGCUAUAUAUAAGAGACCGGCGACGAAGCCGUCGUAGCACUUGCAUAUCCGCGGCGAGGUUCCACCACACGCAUACAUCGAUCCAUUCGCCUGGCUUGUCCGGUGGUGUGGCAUGUCGACGAUGGAGGUGAGGAAGCCCCGGCAGGUGGCGAGGAGGUUCCUGGCGCGGCCGCAGCACGAGGGCGCCGGCGCCGUCGUCCGCCGCAGCAUCGGAAGGUUCGAGCUGAGGUACUUCGACCCGUUCCUCGUCCUCGACGAGUUCUCAGCUUCUGCUCCGGCGGGGUUCCCUGACCACCCACACCGCGGCUUCGAGACCGUCACCUACAUGCUCGAGGGAGCGGUGACGCACGAGGACUUCGAGGGUCACCGUGGCACGAUCAAGGCCGGCGACGUGCAGUGGAUGACGGCCGGCCGCGGCAUCGUGCACUCCGAGAUGCCCGCCGGCCCCGGCACCUCCAAGGGCCUCCAGCUCUGGGUAAACCUCGCCUCCAAGAACAAAAUGGUGGAGCCGGGGUACCAGGAGUUCCAGAGCAAGGACAUCGCGUCCACGGCGUCGGCGGACGGCGACGUGACGGUGCGGGUGAUCGCGGGGCAGGCCAUGGGCGCCCGGUCGCCGGUGCGCACGCGGACACCGACCAUGUACCUCGACUUCACGGUGCGGCCGCACGCCGCCGCGCCCGUGCGGCAGCCGGUGCCGGCCUCGUGGAACGCGUUCGUGUACGUGCUGGAGGGCGAGGGCGUGUUCGGGGCGACGGCGGACCAGGCGGCGGGGGCGCACCACCUGCUGCUGCUCGGGCAGGGCGGCGACGGCGUGGAGGCUUGGAACAGGUCGGACAAGCCGCUCCGGUUCGUGCUCGUCGCCGGCGAGCCCAUCGGCGAGCCCGUGGCGCAGCUGGGCCCCUUCGUGAUGAACACCGAGGAGGAGAUCGACGCCACCGUCAACGACUUCGAGUACUUCAUCAACGGGUUCGAAAAGGCCAAGCAUUGGAAGUCGCAGGCCAUGAUCGCGCUAGAGCUAGACUAGGGUGGAAGAAAGAAUGGCAGGACAAACUGUGAAGAAAGAAAGAACGUACGCAUUUCCUGUACGAGGUUAUUUAUUUGUUUAUUUC